AUGCAGAAAGAAUCACCACUAGGAUUGGCCACUGAAUCUGCUCACCCCGCCCGGUUUUCACCAGAUGAUAAAUAUUCAAGGCAAAGAGUGCUUCUCAAGAAGCGUUUCGGCUUGCUUCCAACCCAAAAACCACCUCAAAAGUACUAGCAACCUUUUGCUACGACGACCUAUUGUUCCUCAAUCCUCAGUAAAAAAUAUAACUCUAUCGCUAGUUAAAACCGUCGUUAUGAUUCGGAUACUCUUCUUCUCUUUAAGAUUGUAAUCUUCUCUCAAUCUAUUAGUAUUAUUGAGUCUGAAUCUGUUAGUUUGUUUGUCAAACCAAAAAAGGUAAUAGAUUGUGUAAUGUUGCAUCUCAAUCUGGUGAUUGACAAAUCCUUGUCAACAAACAGAAGGUAGGCUGUUUUUUUUUUUCUUGUAAUACUAAAUUAAAUAUAUUUCUUGUUAUACUAAACUAAUUUACGUGUCC